AUGUGGGUUGUUUUGAUAGCAAGUGUUGUUGUUUUAGUGUUUACAAAAUGGGUUCAUAGUUGGAGAAGGCUCAAACAUUAUGAAAAGCUUCCUAAAGGUUCAAUGGGUUUUCCAUUACUUGGUGAAAAUUUGGACUUCCUUACCCCACAUUCUUCUUUUGAUAUUGCUCCUUUCAUCGAAACAAGAAUGGUUAGGUAUGGACCAAUUUUUCGAACAAAUUUGAUGGGACGACGUGCGAUUGUCUCAACCGAUACCAACCUAAAUCACUUAAUCUUUCAAGAAGAGGGUAAUUUGUUUCGAAGUUGGUAUCCCGAUCGCCUAACGAAGAUAUUUGGAAGACAAAACAUCCUUUCAAUGCAUGGCCAAAAUUUUAAAUCUCUAAAGAACAUGAUCAUUAAUCUUUAUGGUAUUGAAAGUAUGAAAAAGAUGGUUCGUGAGGUCGAGGCUUCAACAAAGACAAGGCUGAGACGGUGGUCGACUCGUAACAUGAUCGACUUGAAGGAUGAGACUGCAACGAUGAUAUUUGAUUUUACUUCAAAGAAGUUGAUUAGUUAUGAUCGAGAAAGUUCAUCCGAGAACUUGAGAGAGAAUUUUGAUGUCUUCAUUAAGGGUUUGAUUUCCUUGCCUCUUAAUUUUCCCGGAACCGCUCAUCACAAGUGCAGACAGGGUAGGAAAAGAACAAUGAAGAUGCUAAAAAACAUGCUACAAGAACGACAGGCAAAUCCUAGGAAACAACAUAAUGAUUUUUUUGAUUAUGUUCUUGAAGAACUUGAAAAACAUGGAACUCUUCUCACUCAAGAAAUGGCUUUGGACUUGAUGUUCUUUCUCCUUUUUGCAAGCUUUGAAACCACUUCACUUGCUCUAACUUUAGCCAUCAAAUUUCUCGUCGACCAUCCUCGUGUCUUGACCGAGCUAACGGUUGAGCAUGAGGGCAUCUUGAAGAACAGGGACAAGGCAGAUUCAGGACUUACUUGGGCUGAAUACAAAUCCAUGACGUUUACUUUUCAAUUCAUUAAUGAAACGCUGCGACUCGGAAAUGUAGCUCCGUUGAUCUUUCGAGAAGCAUUGAAGGAUGUCGAGUAUAAGGGAUUUGUGAUUCCAGCAGGAUGGAUAGUUGUACCGAGUCUCUCAGCCGUCCACUUGAAUCCAGAAAAUUACGUUGACCCUCUUACGUUCAACCCGUGGAGGUGGGAGAAAUCAGAUGGUGGGGCAUCCAAACAUUUGAUGGCAUUUGGUGGUGGCCUUAGAUUUUGUUUUGGUGCAGAAUUUGUUAAAUUGCAAAUAGCUGUGUUUCUUCAUUCUUUACUUACAAGCUAUAAGUUUGAAGCAAUUAAAGGAGGUAACAUUAUUCGAGUUCCGGGCUUACAAUUUCCAGAUGGUUUUCAUGUUCAGAUCACGGAGAAAUCGUUAUGCAAAUAAGAGAAUAAAAAAGCAUUUCAGACAACUAAAGAAAUGUUGGAGCACCUCUAUGAAAAUUAGGUCAAUAUUCCUGCUUUGGAAAAACGUGCAACUUUUAGUCCAAAGUGGUUUGAACUACACAACAUUUCAGUUGAGUUAUUAUAGUUUGGACGAGGCAUG